CAAACAAACAAAAACAAACCAAAAGCGGCGAGCGAGGCGUUACCUCCUUUUCUGCCCGUAUUUUCCGUUUCCCCAUGGCGGAGGGGCUCUGGGCAUCGCCUCCACCCGGCAAUGGCUCCGACUGCCCCGACGGCGCCCGCUGGGUGCUGCGGCUGCUGGGCGAGUGCGCACGGGACGGGCGCGAUGUGGGCAGCGCGCUGCUGGGGCUGAUCUCCAUCGGCUGCUUCGCUGCUGCCGCGCUGCCGCAGUUCUACCAAGCCUGCAAGACAGGCAUCAUGGACCAGGCGCUCUCCAUCUACUUCCUGCUGGGCUGGCUCGGUGGAGACCUCCUGAACCUCAUCGGCUCCUUCCUGGCAAACCAGCUGCCCCUGCAGGUGUACACUGCUGUGUACUACGUGCUGGCAGACCUGGUGAUGCUUUCCCUGUACGGUUACUAUAAAGCCAAGAACUGGGGUGCAGGAGCCACAGCUUCCAUCAACGCCGCCUGCGUCUUCUCCCUGCUGGGAACAGCCACGACCCUCACGGUGCUGAGCCGCGACGCAGGCCCAGCCCUCAAUCCUGCGGCCUUCAGAGGGAGAUCUCUGCUCUCCUUGGGCCCGGAGGGGCCUGGCCCUGAGCCCAUCAGCAAGACUGAGAUCAUUGGCUUCACCAUCGGCUCCGUCUCCUCCGUGCUGUACCUCUGCUCCCGGCUCCCCCAGAUCUACACCAACUACCAGAGGAAAUCCACGGCCGGUGUCUCCUUCCUGCUCUUUGCCCUGGUGAUGCUGGGGAACUUGCUGUACGGCACCAGUGUGCUGCUGAAGAACCCGGAGCCAGGGCAGAGCGAAGGUGACUACAUCCUGCAUCACCUGCCCUGGCUCAUCGGCAGCCUGGGUGUCCUCUCCCUGGAUGUCAUCAUCUCAUUCCAGUUCCUCGCCUAUCGCACAGGACGGCCCAGCGCUGGUGAGGAGCGCGAGGCACUGCUUGCUGAGCACGGUGACAGCUGACAGGGUGACCGCAGCGCUCCUGGUCCUGUCCUCUUCUCUGCAUGGUGCUGGGGAGAGGGGGAUGCAGGGCAGAGAUGGACUGGUGCUGCUGAGACGUUCUGCCUGGCCUGGUGGCACGCACUGCUGCUGUGAGACCUCGAGCCCCUCUGAUACCAGCGGUGGAUCAACGAGAAAGCAAUCAGAUACCUCAGGAGGUCGCCUUUCCCUGUGCUGAGCCCUGCAGAGGGCGUGGGGUGGCCAACCAUCACUGUGUGGUUCUUGUGUUGCUGCCUUUGGACUUUUGGAAGACGGGGCAGCGACUGGAGCCCCUUGGAACAAGGAAAGGAAGGUGCAGGGCAGCCAAAGCGUUUCACGUUACUGGUAUGGCUCAGACUUCCAUAAAACAUAGCCCCACGUGC